AUGGCUGAUGAAGCGGCAAGAACAAUUUCUAUUUUGCAAAUUCCAAAUUUUGAUCGAACAUCGUCAGGAAAUAGUUUGGACGAAAAUCUAAGUGACAAUCCAUCGAAUCCAGCAACUGCUCGAAAUAUCAAGGCUGAUUUAGAAUCAGUUCCUGAAGUUUCAGACUCUAGAAUCAGCAAGGCCAAAGGCUUACCAACAAUUUUACAAGUUAUUUUUGUCGGCAUCACAUUAGCAGUAUUGCUGAUUGCUGUUGCUUGUCCGAUCAUUUAUUUCACUUCGACUGGUGAGUAA